UGAGCCUGAUUCAGGCUCACCAAGGGUCUGGAAUCAAAGCUCAUUCUCAUUUCCAACAGACCAGCCUGCCCCCGGGCUAUCUCUCCAAUCAUCCUCUCCUCUCCUCUUGGCUGCUGCUAUCUGCUUGAAGGCCAGAUAGCUCUGCUGAAGCUAGGAUUGCCCCAACCCCAUCCUCUGUGCCGCAGAGCAGAUGCUUUUGCGCCGGGCACCACCAUGUGGACCAGACAUCCUACUCUGCGCCUGUUCCUUUGGGUGGCUGCAGUGACUCUCCAAGUGCACAGUCAGCGGAGGAGGGGGCCAAAGGGAAACCCGUCAUCAUCAUCCAGGAGAGGUGACCCGCAGGGCUCCACCUGCCUCAUUGACUUGCUCUUCAUUGUGGACAGUUCAGAGAGCUCCAAGAUCAUCCUCUUCGAUAAACAGAAAGAGUUUGUCACUAGCCUUAGUGACAAGAUUUCCCAUUCACCUCUGAGCUCCUCACGGGAAUACGAUGUCAGGCUGGCGGCGCUGCAGUUCAGCAGCUCUGUCCAAGUCGACCAGCCCUUUGCAUCUUGGAGAGGCCUGCAGAGCUUCCAGCAGAAGGUCGGGUCAAUGAACUUCAUUGGGCAAGGCACCUUCUCCUACUAUGCCAUCUCCAAUGCCACGCGCCUGUUUCAGAAAGAGGGCCGCGAUGGUGACGUGAAGGUGGCUGUGCUCAUGACCGAUGGCAUUGACCACCCUAAGAAUCCUGAUGUCCAUGGCAUUUCAGAAGCAGCCCGGAAUCUGGGCAUCUCAUUUAUCCCCGUUGGCCUUUCCCGGGUGGCCAAUGAAGCCAAACUUCGGCUGAUCUCGGGCGAUUCUUCAGGCAAACACAUUCCACUAUUGAGUGACCCUAACGCUAUCGAGAAUGUACAGCACCAAUUGGAAACACUUUUUGAUAAGAAGUGUGUCCAGAAGUCUUGUGAAUGUGAGAAGGGGGAUCCCGGGGAGCCAGGACCUCCGGGGACCCAGGGCUAUCCAGGGAGCAAAGGUGAGCGAGGACCAAAAGGCCAGCUGGGUGAUGCCCAGAAAGGAGAGCCCGGAGAGAAAGGCCCAGGGGGUGAUCCUGGGUACAAAGGAGACAAGGGUGAACGAGGAGAAUGUGGCACCCCUGGCAUCAAAGGUGACAAAGGACCCCCAGGCCUCUAUGGACCCAAGGGCCCCCGGGGACUUCAGGGUGUGAGAGGACCUCCAGGUGAACCAGGACCCAAAGGCUUUCAAGGGAACAAGGGAGAACCAGGCCCUGCUGGUCCUUACGGUCCUCCCGGUCCCCCUGGCAUUGGACAGCAGGGACUUAAGGGAGAAAGAGGUCAGGAGGGCCAGCCUGGAGCUCCAGGACCUGUGGGGAUUGGUGAGCCAGGACAAGCCGGUCCCCGGGGUCCUGAAGGAGCCCCAGGAGAGAGAGGUGUACCAGGAGAAGGACUUCCAGGCCCCAAGGGUGAAAAAGGUUCUGAUGGGCCUAUUGGCCCCCAAGGACUACAGGGUCUGUCAAUCAAAGGGGACAAGGGGGAUUUGGGACCUGUGGGGCCCCAAGGGCCAAGGGGUGCUCCUGGACUCGGGACUCAGGGUGCUCAGGGAAUCCAAGGUCCAAGUGGCCCAUCUGGCCCCCAAGGACCCCCAGGCCAGGGCUUUCCUGGUCCCAAGGGAGAAGUGGGCCAGCCUGGCCCCACUGGGCUUCGGGGACCAGUGGGAAUUGGAGUCCCAGGUCCGAAGGGGGAGCCAGGGUCCGUGGGGCUCCCGGGCCAGCCAGGAUCCCCAGGAGAAGAUGGAGCCGAGGGCAAGAAGGGGGAAACUGGACUUCCGGGGGUGAGAGGCCCAGAAGGAGCCCCUGGCAAAGGACAGCCUGGCCCAAAGGGUGAUGAAGGGAAGAAGGGGAGCAAGGGUAACGCAGGGCAGAAGGGCAUGGCAGGUCCUCAGGGUCCCAAGGGCGAGCCUGGCAUCCUGGGGCCCUUUGGCAUGCCUGGGGCAUCGAUUCAAGGGCCUCCUGGGCCAAAGGGAGACAGAGGAGAGAUCGGGAGGCCAGGCUUCAAAGGAGAACCUGGAGUUUCCAUCCGAGGCCCUAAGGGUGCCCAAGGUCCUCAAGGCCCUGAGGGGGCUCCAGGCCCCAAGGGUGAUGGCUAUCCUGGAGUGACCGGUCCUCGAGGACUCCCAGGCCCCCCUGGACCCAUGGGCUUACGGGGAAUAGGAGACCCUGGAGCAAAGGGAGAACCUGGUGGGAGAGGCCCUCCUGGACCCUCUGGACCUCGGGGCAUAGGAAGCCAGGGACCAAAGGGCUCCCUUGGUCAGAAAGGUUUGCCUGGGCCCCCCGGCCCCCCAGGCUAUGGCACACAGGGUGCAAAGGGGGAGCAGGGCCCCCAGGGCCCUCAGGGGCAGAAGGGUGCCAUGGGCCAUGGCCUGCCUGGCCAAAAGGGUGAGCCCGGCAGCCAAGGGGACAUGGGGAAGAAAGGAGACCAGGGCGAGAUCGGCGAGCCUGGAGCCCCAGGAAGACAGGGCCUGCCAGGACCCAAAGGGGACCUUGGACUCACUAGAGAAGAAAUUAUCAAACUGCUGAUUGAAAUAUGUGGCUGUGGGGCCAAGUGUAGGGAGAGUCCCUUGGAGCUGGUGUUCGUGAUUGACAGCUCCGAGAGUGUGGGGCCAGAGAACUUCCAACUCAUCAAAGACUUUGUCAAGAAGCUCAUUGAGCGUGUGGCCAUGGAGCACGCCAGUGCCCGCAUGGGCCUCAUCAACUACAGUCACAAAGUGGAGGUGGUGGCCGACCUUAAGCACUUCUCCGGCAAGGACCGCCUCUGGAGCACCGUGGACGCCAUGCCGUACCUGGGGGAAGGCACCUACACGGCUUCCGCGCUACAUGUGGCCAACACCAUGUUCCAGUCUGCCAGGCCUUCGGUGAGGAAGGUGGCCUUGGUCAUCACUGAUGGGCAAGCGGACACCCGUGACGAGUUGAACCUGGAGCAGGUGGUGAAGAAGGCCAAUGCCUCCAGUGUAGAGGUCUUUGUGAUCGGCGUGGUGAAGGAGAAUGACCCCAACUUUGAGGUCUUCCGCCUAGAAAUGGACCUGAUUGCCACAGACCCUGACAGUGAGCAUGUCUACCAGAUCGAUGACUUCCUAACCCUCCCAGCCCUGGAGGACAAAUUGCUCCAAAAAAUCUGUGAGGACUUUAACUCUUACCUCGACCAGAUUCUGGGCUCCUCAGUUCUUCAUUCUGGAUUUGGUACUAAGCUAAGAGGAACUGUGGCCACCCCCACAGAGCUAGAGGAGCUGGAGAGCGCCGAGUCGCUCAGUCCUCCAGGAGCCCAGGACGAAGGACCCGGCCUUUUCCCGUCCCUCAGGAGUGAAGUCCCUGCUGUGACGACGCCAAGCAACGUGCCUGUGGACCACAGACAGUCAGUCGGCCCCUUGGACGGUGGCGGGACACAGGAGGAGGACGCUAGCACCCGUCAGCCCAUUUUUGUUGCGGCCACCCCCAAGACUGCACGCCGAGAUCCCCGGUGCCUGGAGGCCCUGAGACCCGGAGACUGUGGGGAGUACGUCGUCCGGUGGUAUUACGAUAAGGAGGUGGAUGCGUGUGCCCGCUUCUGGUACGGCGGCUGCGGAGGCACCAGCAACCGGUUCAACAGUGAACGGGAAUGUCGCAAAGCCUGCGUUCAAGGAUGAAGCACUCGGCCAGAGAAGGCUUCUCAGGAGUGGUGAGGAGGCUCAUGGUCAGGAAACUGAGGGUCAGAAAGGGGAGCCACCCCCAGAAAGCAAUUUCGCCCCUCAAAUAUCAGCAGUUUGUAUUUCAUGCAAAUCCACAUUGUGAUCCCUUGGUGGGGUGGUAAUGUCCUCACUGGGGACGCUCAUUCCAGUGGUGAUGAUUGCAGCCUCUUGUGCCCCGCUCAGAGGGAAAACAAAGAAGCCGGAAACCAGGAUUGUGGUGUGGACAUUGUUAGUGGCCUCCAUCCUCUGCUCCUAACUUGGCUACAAGGUGGCACCACAGCACAUAGAGUGCUGUUCCCAAGUUCCAAUGAUGCCCAGACACUCCAGGCUGUGUGACCAGGGGCAGGUCACCGCCUUCUCUCAGCUUUAGCUUCCACAUCUGUAGAAUGGGGCAGUAGGAGCACUGAGCUCCCAAGGUUUUUUGUGAGGAUCAAAUGAAGUAGCAUUAUAUAAAUUCUGGCUACUACUACCAAUUAUUUUAAUAGUAGUGAUGCUAUCUGCCAGGGGGAGGAUUGUCUGGUGAUGGACAUCUGAGGGAGGGAGCAUGGCACAGCACAGUAAUGGCAGAAGCAAGGGGACCUAGAAAGUGACAGGGGAGCCAGGGCCCAGAGCCGGCCGGAUCACACUUCCUCUCAGUAAUGGGAGGUUUUCGCAGUCGGGCCCAGCUGAAGCCACUGAUUUCUUAGCCAGGACCACUGUCAGAGCCCCAGGGGCUCGGCCAAGCUGGCUGUAGAGCAAAAGCUCAGGGUCCCUGUUCCUGUGCCUUUCCCACCACGUUACCCUUGUUCUCUGAGACCUGUGCCCCCUGUGUUCUCUUAGGAGCUCGUGUGGUUAUCUAUUGGUGAUUGCAAAUGUAGCCACAGCCAGCUUCCUCGUGACUCCCAGCACCGUAGAGGCUGCCCAGAGGAUUGCCAGGGCCUUCUGAAGCUGGGUAGCAAUAAGCGGGCUCAUGGGCUUGAGCCAGCCAAACAGAAUGAUGAGAGGGCACUGCCGCACUUCUGGGCUGAGUUCUGUAAGAAGCAGAAACUGUCCAGGCCGCCUGCGUGGCAGCCCAGAUCUGCGCCAUGUACCCCGUCCACGAUCAGUCGGGCAGCCUCCAGCUCCUCACGUCCCAAUACAAUGUCGGGCUCUGUGCCCACAGAGAGGUGCCCAUGGUUCUAGGAGGCAGAGAAGGCUAGGCUGAGCAGGGCAGGGUCUGCUUGCUCCCAGGGCUUGCUGAGGUACCCUCCGGUGAUUCUCUGAUGGGGAUUCCCAAGACCCUCUUGGCCAACACUCCCUGGGGUGCCUGAAACAAGGGACUCUGUCAUGAAACCCAGCUAUCUUUUCCUAGACAAAAACCAGCCCCUCAUGGCCUGGGGGCCAUGAGCAUUAUGUACUCCUCAGGAUGUGGGCUAAUUUCUAGCAAAUGGCUGCGCGCUCCAGUGAACUGGACAGUGAGCAGUGGCUCGGACAAUCUCGGUCCUUAGAAGUCACAGAACAAGUCGUUAUUCAGGGAAAAUAAAUCUCUUAGCAGCUUCUGAAAAAAGCAAGAGAGAAUCCAACGGUUUGAAUGGAGAAAUAAUACACUUCACUCAAAAUCUGACCACCUAAAAAUGCACUUCAAGAGCUCAUCUGGCCUGCUCCCCCCUGCUAAGCAGGUUCACAAUCAGUCAGAGUGGCGAUCAGAAAUUAGGCAAAGCCACAUGAGUCCACCUCUAAUGAGGAUCAAUCACUCAGGAUAAAUGCCAAUCUUCCUGCCCAGAGAGUCCUCUCCAUCACACCGGGUGGGGAGUGGAGCCAAAAGGGCCUUUGGAAGGCCCUGUCCCGGGCUCAUAGGAGUAAACCUUAGGGCCCCAAAAUUCUUCAGGAAAACCCCCAACAGAACAAUCCCUGCCCCAGGCAGAGGAGAGGGCAUAUACACACCGCUAAAGAGACAGUGAUGCUGAUGGUGACUGCAGCACUCAUUGCCUCCCAGGCACUGGGCA